AUAUCACAGUAAGCUUGCUCUCCCUAGUUGUCACAGCCUGUGGCCUUGCUCUGUUUGGUGUCUCUCUGUUCGUGUCGUGGAAGCUUUGUUGGAUCCCUUGGCGAGAGCGUGGUCUGCCGUUCGGGAGCAAAGACAACAAGCAAGAAUCACUGAACUACACAGACACAGAGACCAAUGACCAUGACUACAGUGAGGAUUAUCUGGGUCAUCCUACAGCCUAUCCAGAGUCCUCCAUGAAGAUCAGCCACACCUCCCCUGAUAUUCCAUUAGAGGCUCAGGCAGGAAUGAAGGAGAACUGCGUACACAAUGUGAGAAUGCAUCGUCAAAUUACGGAACCAACCUCUUCUGCUCGGCAUAAUUCAAUCCGAAGACAGCUCAACCUCUCCAACCCCGACUUCAGCAUCCAGCAGGUCCAGAACCAGGAGCAGCUGACGGGGAUCGGGCGCAUUAAGCCGGAGCUGUAUAAGCAGAGGUCGGUGGACACAGACGAUGGCCGGAGGAGUACUAGCAAGGCAUGUGGGAAACUGAACUUUAUUCUGAAAUACGACUGUGAUUUAGAGCAGCUGAUAGUGAAGAUACACAAGGCCAUCAACCUGCCAGCAAAGGACUUCUCUGGAACUUCAGAUCCAUAUGUGAAGAUAUAUCUGCUUCCUGACAGGAAAACUAAACACCAGACUAAAGUGCACAGAAAGACCCUAAAUCCAGUAUUUGAUGAAGUUUUUUUAUUUACUGUCCCAUACAAUGAUCUGAAUGCGAGGAAACUCCAUUUCUCUGUGUAUGACUUUGACAGAUUCUCCAGGCAUGACUUGAUUGGCCAAGUGAUAGUGGACAACUUUUUAGAUUUGGCAGAUUUUCCCAGGGAAUGUAAUAUUUGGAAGGAUAUUGAAUACGUCACCAACGAUAACGUGGAUCUUGGUGACCUGAUGUUUUCACUCUGCUACCUUCCAACAGCUGGUAGACUAACUAUUACAAUAAUAAAGGCAAGAAAUUUGAAGGCGAUGGAUAUCACAGGAGCAUCAGAUCCCUAUGUGAAGGUUUCUUUAAUGUGUGAAGGAAGGCGACUAAAGAAAAGAAAAACUUCCACCAAGAGGAACACCCUUAAUCCUGUUUACAAUGAAGCCAUAGUCUUUGACGUCCCUCCAGAAAACAUUGACCAAAUUAACUUGUCGAUAGCUGUUAUGGAUUAUGACCGUGUAGGUCACAAUGAGGUCAUUGGAGUAUGUCAAGUAGGCAACGACGCAGAAAGUCUGGGUCGUGACCACUGGAACGAAAUGCUGUCGUACCCUCGGAAGCCCAUCGCUCACUGGCAUCCUCUUGCAGAGGUAAGGCUUUUAUUUCUUACUUCCCCA